AUGGACGACCUACGGCAGGAAUCAUUCAAGCUGUUACGCGAACCGUGCGUGGACCUCAGCUCAGUAGGCUUACGAUUCCGUGGAAAGCAGGCUUCGGCCUCCGACGUCUCUCGAGCCCUCGAACCCGUGCACCAAGUCUUGGAGAAGCUUGCUGGGAAGAACGCACUCGACGGGAAGCUUGCCGAAUAUGCCUUCUUCCCGCUCUCGCAUAUCUUCAACGAAACACAACGGCUGCCAGCCAGGUGUCUUGAACAAGCGGUACAAUGCCUAAAUUUUCUCGUUGCGGACGGCUGGCGGGAACAACUAUCCCCAUCACUGGGAAAGCAGUUGAUUAUUCUAUUGACGCUGAUCGUUGGAGGGUCUCCAAACAAUGCCGACGGACAGCAUCCUCUCAAGGCGCAGGUUCCGGAAGAGCUCUCCAUUGCUUGUUUUGACUGUCUCCGCGUGAUCUUUGAUAUGCUUCGAGGGCCCGUGGCAGAGCGGAGCAUAUUCCAUGAGAUUGGUACGGCUACAGUUGUCGAUCAGACUGUGUAUAUUUUACUCGAGGGCAUUUUGGAUGAGAGGUCAGAUGAUGUUUGCAUAUCCGCUGCAAAUUCACUCAAGGCCCUGUAUGCCCGAAUCACAGACCGUGUCGUGUUGGCUAGUAUUAUGCCCCGGACUGUCUCUACACUGGCAAAGGUGAUACGCCCCACGACCCAAAGUCGGCGAUCCUACACGCUCUUGCAGAUAUGUCUUGAGAUUCUGAGUCACAUUCUGAAAGCUGUACUCAGCGACCUUGCUACCGUCACUAGCGAGAAAUCCGCUCCGGUUUCUACAGAGUCGGACAAAAUGGCUCUGGAUGCCUCUUGGCUGAAGGCUACAACCACUCAGAUCAAGCUCGCGUUGGUGAAUGUCACCCAAGUGCGUCGCCAUCAAAGACCCGAAGUCCAAUCUGCACUACUGGAUCUUUGUGUGAUGGUAAUUGAAGAUUGCCAGGCCACGCUGAAGGAUGCUGUUCCCAUGAUGGCAGAAACCAUUGUUGUCUUGGCCGAUAAAGAAGAUGAUACUCCAAAUCAGGCCUAUCUAAGUCUUAUGCAUAUCGCUACCACAUACCCAAUUGUGUUAGACUCGCUCAAGGAAUCGCUCCAUACUUGGCUCACAUCCUUUCCUCGAAUCAUGCAAAGCAAUGAUGAAACAGCCAAGCAAUGGGGAAUCCGACAAAUUUCGACUGUCUUUCAGGUCUUGUCUCAAGUCCAAUCUGGAUCAGACCUUCUGACGGGCAGUCUGGCUUCUGGAUUGUGUGAUAGUGUCGGUGCCGUCGUAAAGCACGGCAACAGUACCUUUCAGCCAUUAUUGUCCUCGGUUGAUCUGAGCUGGGACAUUCUUGUUUCUGACUCGAAGUCAAUGGCCUUCCCGCCUAUCCUACUUGAACACCAAAGCCAGCAGCAAACAUUAAAAGAUAUGCGAUCUUUGAUUAUGCGACUCAAUCUCUCGGAGUCAGGGAACGAAAUAACCCGGUCAAUUAUCAACCGCUUGCAUAACGCGUCUGAUGGUUCGGCCGUCGCUCCAUACUGGCUCGCCUUAACUUCCCUCCGUGCCCAGUCGCAGCACUCAGCUGAUUUCGACGCCUUCAUUGUUGAUGACCAACUGGAGCAAUCCACGUCGCUCGCCAACCGCGUCAGGAUGAUCGAAGAGCUGUACUACACUUCACUGACCAUCUUGACUGACCUCCCUGCCGAUGGUUCCGGUGACUGGCGCAUGUCAGCACUCGCGCUGGAGGCCGUCGCCCUUCAAGCUCAGCAACUCGGCAAGGCUUUCCGACCUGAGCUUAUGGACGCCUUGUAUCCAACCCUAACACUACUUGCCUCCAACAAUCCUACUCUCCAGCGGCACGCCAUGAUAUGUCUCAAUACCCUUACCGAGGCGUGCAACUACCCCGACACCUCCUCCAUGGUCAUUGAUAAUGUGGACUACUUGGUGAACUCGGUAGCCCUGAAGCUGAAUACAUUUGAUGUGUCACCACAUCCGCCCCAGGUCCUUUACAUGAUGGUCAAGCUGUGCGGUGCACCACUUGUUCCAUACUUGGAUGAUCUAGUUGACUCUGUCUUUGGCAUUCUUGAUCUCUACCACGGUUAUCCCAAACUGGUUGAAAUGAUGUUCAAAACGUUGACUGCUAUCGUCGAAGAAGGGUCAAAGAAACCAUCUCUUUUGACGAUCGAUAGCGACCGGGAGACCGGAUCCCAUGACAGCCGCAAAUCACGAUAUGAGAAUAUCUCCAUAGCAAGGCUCGCAAGCGAUAUUUCGCAUCGAAAGUUGAAACAUAUCGACGACAUUGAAAAUGACGUGGAUAUCGACCGCAAUGAUUCGCACCCGACGAAACCCUGGUCGGAAACCUAUGAGAAGCUGCCACCUGAGCCGGAGUCCAUUGAGGAGCUCCUAAACAAAGCCGAAUCCGAUGAGCCUCUCCCUCCACCCAAAGAGCCAGAGGAUAGCGAGAAGCCGUUGAGCAAGACCCACUCUCUUCUUCUACACAUUGUCAAAUCCAUCCCGUCUCACAUCUCAUCCCCCUCACCAUACCUUCGACGCUCCCUUCUCUCAAUACUCAUCGAGGUGCUGCCAGCCCUGUCGCAAAAUGAAAACAGCUUUCUGCCACUCAUCAAUGAUCUGUGGCCUUCAGUUGCGUCCAGGGUCAUAUUCCCCUCGUCGCUAGCAAAUGAUUCAUCCUCCUCGACAGCCCUCAUGACACGACCAUCCCCGGAAUCUCAAAGCUCUGCCAACCAAUCAGAUACCCAUACCUUCCAAGAAGAAACAUUUGUCAUCACAACCGCUUGCCAGGUUAUUGAGGAAAUGUGUAAGGGUGCAGGUGAUUUCAUGGCCUCCCGCAUCGAGACAGAGUUCCCGCGCUGGCAGCGACUCUACCGGCGCGUCUGGACUCAGGUACGGCAGGACUCCGAAGCGGCCAAUGAGCGACGGGCUCGACACCUACGGCAGACCAAAACUGCCUCGACCGCUGGAGUAUCAACUUCGCAGUCUACAGGCGAAGCAUCCGAUUUGCGUCUCGCGCUCACCUCGUCCCUGGCCUUGUCGCAUACCACGCCUGGCUCUCGAGCAUUUACACCUGAGCAUACUUUGUGGAGGUCUUUAUUAUCAUUGUUCAUUACGGUGCUUUCACAUGUCCGGCUACCGCUGGAAGCUGGUGAUCAAAUUUGUGAAAUGCUGGGUGCAUGGAUCGCACUCUUCGUUGGGCCGGAGUAUUACUUCCAAGCAUCGACACGGUAUUCUUCUUUUGCAUUGAACGAUUCUCUCAAAGGCGUCAUAGAAUCGGUUGAAACUGCCAUCCAGGCAAUGGAGACGUGGAACCCUGAUUUGACUUGGUUCAUCAUGGUUUCCCAUAAAACCAAGUCACUUGGCGCUCGUCCCUCUGUGAUCAAUGAUGCUGUUGAAGCUUUCGGGGAGACCUUGCGGUACACAGAAGUAACAUUCUAG